CCGGGUAACGGCGGAGCGAUUUCCGACAGGGGCGGUGGCCGACGCGGAGGUGCGAGGUGUCGUGAGAGCCCGAGCUAGUGGGUGGACAUGGUGCCCAGCAAGUGUCGGCCCGGCAGGGGCCCCCGGGCUGCGCCCGGCUCGGUUAAUAAUUGUGGUCUUCAGCUGGUUAUCCAGACCUCAUCACUAGCGGAUAAAAGCAAACCAUUUGAAUUCAGGAUAAAUAAAGAACAGCCAUCUUUCCACAAUAGACUUCUGCAGCAUGAUCUGGAAAAAAACUAUUCAGGAAGGCAAGGAGACCAAAGAGUGUUAAGUCCUUUGAUGCGUAAUAAGCAAAUAUAUCUUCCAGUACCAUCUGCUCUGACAGAAGUUUCUGCUUUGGAUUUGAAGCAGAAUGCUGGUUCUUUAUCAGGAUUUGGUGAAUCUUCUAUUCAGACACCCACAAAAUCCAGAUCUCAACAGAGCAGCCACGGUAUUAGUUCACAUGCCUCAGAUAACACAAAUUUUGGGAGCAGUUCAUCAAUAACAUUUCCUGUAUUGCAACGUUCUGCUGAAGAAAAAAUACUGAACUCUGACAGGCUUACCCUGGAAAGGCAGAAACUGACAGUGUGCCCAAUUAUUGAUGGGGAAGAUCAUCUUCGCCUUUUGAAUUUCCAACAUAACUUUAUAACUCGGAUCCAGAAUAUUUCUAACCUGCAGCAUCUUGUUUUCCUAGAUUUGUAUGAUAAUCAAGUAGAGGAAAUAAGUGGUCUUUCAACUCUGAGAUCCCUAAGAGUCCUCCUGUUGGGGAAGAACAGGAUAAAGAAGAUCUCAAAUCUGGAGAACCUAAAGAAUCUUGAUGUUUUAGAUCUUCAUGGAAAUCAGAUUACUAAAAUAGAAAACAUCAGCCAUCUGAGUGAGCUGAGAGUGUUAAACCUUGCCAGAAACCUACUAACCACUGUGGAGAAUCUGAAUGGAUUGGAUUCACUCACAGAGCUCAACCUUCGUCAUAAUCAAGUCUCUGCUGUAAAAGAUGUGGAUACUUUGCCCUGUCUACAGCAUCUCUUCCUCAGCUUCAACAAUAUCUCUAGUUUUGAGGAUAUUCUGUGCCUUGCUGAUUCCUCAUCUUUGUCAGAUAUCACCCUUGAUGGCAAUCCAAUAGCUCAGGAGACAUGGUACAAACACACUGUUCUCCAUCGUAUGAUGCAGCUCCGACAGCUAGAUAUGAAGAGAAUCACAGAAGAAGAACGGCGUAUGGCAUCGGUUGCAGCAAGGAAAGAGGAAGAAAGGAGGCGUGAAAGCCAUAAACAAGCCUUGCUUAAGGAGAAGAAGCGAUUGACAAUUUGUAACAUUGCUCGCCAGUGGGAGAUACAGCAGAAUCAAAUAGCUCUGGUGGCAUCUCUGAACCAAGAUAAAGAUAAUGAACCCUGUCAGAUCAAUGGCAGUGCUGCAUAUGUAUUUCCUGAGGAAAGCAGAUCACUUGAUACAAUAUUGAGCAGUGCAGUACAAGGCUUGUCUGUUCUUGAGUCUCAUUUAGUAGAAGUGGAAGGAGAUACUCUUUGCUUGUAUGGUGCUGGAGCGCUGGAGUGCCUGGAUCGCAACUGGAGUGUUCAAACAGCUGGAAUCAUUGUCACUGUCUCCUUUAUGUUCAUAGAAUUUGAUGAAAUUGUUCAAGUAUUAACAAAGCUGAAGAUAAAAUUUCCGAACUUUGUGCACCUGAAGUUUAAGGAAACAAACCUUGUGGCGCUGCGGCAAUUCAGUGCAUUAGCCCAGAUGCAUCGCAUUGAACAGUUGACAGUUGAUCCUCAGGGAAAUCCGGUUGUCAACUUUACUUUGUGGAAGCACUAUGUUCUCUUUAGACUGAACCAUUUUAACCUACAGAAGAUAAAUGGAGUAAAGGUUACUGAAAAUGAUGUUGUAAUGGCUGAAAGGCUCUUUGGCAUUCUGGCAUACGUAGCAUCUUCUGAGCUGCCCCAUUACCGCGUGCUGUCAUUGUUGGGAGAAUCUAGAAGGAAGCAAUUCCAUUAUUUGCAGGAGGGAAAGGGAAAGAAAUCUGGGACUGGCAGUGAGGAAAGUAGUGAUAACAGAAGAAAUGGAGGGGGGAGCACAAAUCGAGCAAUGCUGAAUUACACAACAAAGGACUUCCAUAUGGAAAAGCUUGAGGAAAUCAAGGAAAGAAAAACAUUUUGCCAGACAUACGUCGAGAACUUAGUGAAAGAAGCAGCUGACAUCAAUAUGAAAAAUGAGUCGCUGCAGAAGCUCUGGCCUCAGAUGUUCAUUGAACUUGUCAGAGAUGCAGUGAUAGAAAUACGCAAUAAAAAUUCCUACAUGAAGCUCUGCUUACAGCGGAUCACUGAUCAAAAGCAGUAGAGCCAAGGCUUGUUGACUUGUAAGCUUUUGGGUUCAGUAUUCUGUGGUGGUUUACAAACAUAAUAAAAUAUAAAAUUGCCAUGGCUAUGGUAUGCCUCCUCCCUCUCCAAAGGGAAGCCUUUAAAUAUUCAUUAACUUCUGGCAGUUUUGAAAUGAGAAUUCACCUGUGCACUGGUUUAACAAUGCUUCCUUGGCUGAGGUGAUGAGAGAACAUAGAAUUAACUUGAUUAUUGUCAUGUUGUAUUAAGUUACUGUUGAUCUGGGAGGUUUUUUUCUGCUAUGGUUGCUUCUGCAAUGCUGACAGCACUGAGGGUUUUUUUGGGUUUAUUUCUUUUUUUAAAGAACAGAUUUCCACUCAGAGUCACAGAAUGUUAGGGGCUGGAAGGGACCUCAAAAGGUCAUAUAUUCCAACCCCCCUGCCAAAGCAGAAUCACCAGAGUAGGUCACACAGGAAUUUAUCCAGGAACUCUGCAUGUCUCCAAAGAAGGAGCAGCCUGUUCCAAUGCUCUGUCACCCUCACAGUGAAAAUGUUUUUCCUUGUGUUCAUGUGGAACCUCCUAUGCUCCAGCUUGCACUCAUUGCCCCUUGUACUAUCAUUGGAUGUCACCAAGAAGAGCCUGGCUCCAUCCUCCUGGCAUCCUUCACAUAUUUGUAAACAUGAAAGAAGUCAGCCCUCAGUGUCCUAUUCUGCACACUAAAGAGCCCCAGCUCCCACAGCCUUUCUCAUAAGGCAGAUCUUCCACUCCCUUAAUCAUCUUUGUGGCUCUGUGCUGGAUUCUGUCAAGUAGUUCCCUGUCCUUCUUGAACUGAGCUGCCCAGAACUGGACACAAUAUUUCAAAUGCAGCCUCUGCAGGGCAGAGUUAGAGGUGGAGGAAAAGCCUCUCUUAACCUAGUAGCCACACCCCUUCUAAUACAGCCCAGGAUGCCAUUGGCCUUCUUGGUCACAAGGGCAUAUUGCUGGCUCAUAAUCAUAUAUCUGUCUAUCAGGACCCCCACGUCCCUUUCCCUUCUGCUGCUCUCCAGUAGGUCAGUCCCCAGUAUAUACUGCCAAUGGGGUUGUUCUUUUCCCAGUUCAAGACUCUACACUUAGCCUUGUUGUAUUUCAUUCCAAUCAGCGAGGUUAUGGAGUCUCCUUCUCUGGAGACUUUGGAAACCUGCCUGGAUGCAUUCCUGUGUGACAUGCUCUAGGUGAUCCUGCUUUGGCAGGGGUUUUGGAGCCUGUUCUCUGGAGGUCUCUUCCAAGCUCUGCUCUUCUGUGAUUCUGCAAAAGAAGGCUUUCAGUAGCUCUGCUUUCUUUUUAUCCUUUGUCACCAUCCUCAUUCAGCAGUGAGCCUACAUUGCCUCUAGUUAUGUCUCAGGUGUAUUUGAAGAAGUUUUCUGUAGUUCUUGAGCUGUCUUGCAGGGUUUAAUUCCAAGGAGGCUAUAGCUUUCCUAGCUGCUUCUCUACAUCCUCUGGCAGUCUUACGUUCCUCCCAAGUGGCUGGCCCCUCCUUCCAUGAUCCAUAGACUCUCCUAUUCCACUUGAAUUUGCCCAGCAGUUCCCUAUUUAACUGUGCAGGUCUUCUGCCUUGCUUUCUUGAUUUCCUACCUGUUGGGAUGCUCUAAGCUUGGAAGAGGUGGUCCUUGAAUGUUAACAAACUGUCUUGCACCCUUUUACUUUCUAUUUCCUUGUCCCAUGGGAUUUCCCCUAGCAAUUGCUUGCAGAAGCCAAAGCUUGCCCUGCUGAAGUUCAGAGUUGUGAUUCUGCUUGGUAUUCUGUUCCUACCACACAAUACCCUGAACUCCACCAUCUUAUGAUUGCUGCAGCCAAGGCUGCCCUCAACUUCCACUGCUUCGACCAGAUCCUCCUUGUUAAUGAAUAUAAGAUCCAGCAGCACUCCUCUCCUAGUUGGCUCAUCCACUAUAUGCAUCAAGAAGUUAUCAUCAUGCACUGGAGGAACCUCCUGGACUAUGCCUGGCUGGCUGAGUAGGCCUUCCAGCAAGUAUCUGGCUCAUUACACUCUGCUUGCCUUACUUUUUACAGAACACUUGUCAAUUGUCACCUUUUUGACUGCUGCUGUUCAAAAAUAAUUAAAAAAGAAUCAAGGGUAGUAACUGACUUUUGUGAGCAAAAGCUAAUAAAUUAUUUUUUUUCACCCAGAACUUGGUGAAGACUUCUUCUUGUUUAAUUUGUGAGAUUACAGAAUGCUUCUUCAUAUUAAUGUAUCAAUGUUCAGUGAGCUUAAUUGUCACCUGAACAAUUGUCCAAAAUUGAUUUCAAUUUGUUUUAGUUAAUUUGUAGUAGGUUUUGUUUGAAUUCUUACUGGUAAAAUAUUAAUUCAAAGAUAUAUUUUGUUCUAAGAUAUGUUAAUACUGCAAUUUCUUCUGUUUCUUUGGAUAGCAAAUGGCUAAUUUUGGAGGUUUGCCAAGGCCAAACAAGUUGAAAUGUGUGUAUUACAUUUGCUAGUGAAACUGAUAACUCCUAAUCAGUUGAAAUUAAUUCCUGUGACUGUGUGAAAAUUUCAUAUUUACUACCAAUAAAAAUAAAUUUUUCACUUUUGCCCUUCA